AUGAAGAAUUUAGCGAAGCUGUGCUGUGUAGCUGUGAUCAUUGCGUUUGAUAUCGGUUUGAACUCUGUUUUAGCUUAUUUUGCAACCAAAGAGAAAGAAAGGUUUCGCAAUAAAAGCUCUAUUUUGCUUUGCUGCUGUAUCAAAUUUGCUUCUUCUCUGUCAGUGGUCUUUAUUGAUAAGUAUCAAGUUUCUUCCAAGGUUGGGAGAUCCAAUGUUAAUAUACAAAAUGAAGAGUGCUCUGAAAGUGAAAAGGAGAGUUUGUUAGAUUCUUCCAGCAAUUCUAGCGCUAGUGACUCAGAAGAAGAAAGCAAUGAUGAAGAAAAAGAUGACAAGACUUUUCAACCAAAGAAUAAGUCAGUCAAUUCAAGUAUAUGGAAACUGCUUAAAUACUCAAAACCAGAUGCUCCAUUUUUGCUUCUUGGUUUUAUUUUUCUUCUAAUUGCAUCCAUAUGUGAAAUAUUUUUGCCAUUCUUUGCUGGUCAAGUUAUUGAUGCUAUUGCAAUCCAAAAGUCAUAUCCAAUGUUCAAGAAGUAUAUAGUUCUGAUGGCCACUGUGGCAUUUGCAGCCAGUGUUGCAACUGGUUUGCGUGGUGCGACAUUCACUUACGUAAUGGCCAGAUUCACUACAAGAAUACAAGGUUUUCUGUUUCAACAUGUCAUGCAACAGGAGAUUGGCUUUUUUGAUACAAGAAAAACUGGAGCUAUAAUUUCCCGCCUUACAUCUGAUACAACUAAAAUGGGAGAUCAGAUUUCAUUAAACAUGAAUGUAUUUCUUAGAAAUGUUGUCAGAAUCAUUGGCAUCUUAAUAUUCAUGGCUAAGCUAUCAUGGAAACUUACUAUUAUUACAUUGGUUGGAACACCAAUACUUGUGAUGAUUUCAGAGGCCUAUGGUGAAUAUUAUGAGAAGUUGUCCAAGCAAGUCCAAGACUCUUUGGCACUUGCAAAUGAAACAGCCGAAGAGUCAAUAUCCUCUAUCAGGACAGUUAGGAGCUUUGCUGCAGAAACUGUUGAGGGAAGACUUUAUGACAAAAGAUUACAGGACACUUUCAAGCUGAAGGUCAAAGAGGCAAUUGCUUUUGGGGGAUAUGUUUCAUGUACAGAGGUUUGUUUUCUGGCCAUGGAGGUUCUGGUGCUGUUUUACGGAGGACACUUAGUUAUGCGUGGUGAUCUAAGUGGGGGUAACCUUGUUUCAUUCUCGUUUUAUAAUUUUGAUUUAAGUGGCUGUAUUGAGGAUGUUGGUAAUGUUUACACCAGUCUGAUGGAAGCUGUUGGUUCCUCUCACAAAGUUUUUGCUUACAUUGAAAGACAACCAAAAAUCGGAAAUAAUGGUAAGCUCAAGCCAACUGACUUUAAAGGCAACAUAGAGUUCAAGAAUGUUAGCUUUUCAUAUCCAUCAAGAUCUGACAUACCUGUUUUAGAGAAUUUUUCAUUUGCUGUUAACCCUGGAGAAAUCAUUGCUCUUGUUGGACCUAGUGGGGGAGGCAAAAGUACAGUUGUCAAGCUGCUAGAACACUUUUAUGAAGCCCAGCUAGGUGAAAUUCUGAUUGAUGGCAUGCCAGUGCAGAAUUAUGACCACAGUUUUUUACACAGCAGAGUUGCUCUUGUGGCACAGGAGCCAACACUCUUUGCUCGAUCUAUAGCUGACAAUAUUGCAUAUGGGAUAGAAAAUGUUGAUAAAGAAAGAAUACAGGAGGUUGCCAAACAGGCAAAUGCUCACCAGUUUAUUGUGGAUAUGCCAGAAGGCUAUGACACCCAAACUGGUGAAAAAGGAGUCCAAUUGUCAGGUGGUCAGAAGCAAAGAGUAGCUAUUGCAAGAGCACUCAUUCGGAAUCCUUCUGUACUGAUACUAGAUGAGGCAACAAGUGCAUUAGAUGCAGACAGUGAGAAUUUAGUACAAGAAGCAAUCAAUAGGAAUCUUGCAAAUCGGACUGUCAUUGUUGUUGCCCAUAGGCUGAGCACAAUUGAAAUUGCAAAUAAGAUAUUAGUUAUUGAAAAGGGGCGUUUAAUGGAGCAAGGGACACAUGAAGAGCUUUUGGAAAAAGGAUGCAUCUAUGCAAGGCUGGUAAGCAAGCAAAUUCAUGGCAAGGGAAAAGAAUCGAUAAAAACCACUGCACCCGUUAUGCAAGGCAAUGUUAAAAAGGAUUCAGCAUCAUCAGGUUCAAGUUCAAAUGGUGACAUUGAUCAUAUGUAACAGUAGCAUGAUAAAGAAACAUUGCUUAUCUCUGAGUUAUAUUCAACAAACUUUUUUUUGGCAGGAAGAUAUUUGUCAGCUUUAUAUCCUUGACAAAAACUUAUCGGUAAACAUUAUAAAAUUGAAGCAUAUUUAAAAUGUUUACGGGCAACUCUAUUGACAUUUGCAAACAGCAGAAGGCAAUGUGGUGAUUGCCACCAGAGCCAGCGGAGCAAACUGUGGGGCUAAAAAGUUUCUAGUAUUACCAAAUCAAAGGCAGCAUGGUACAUUUCAUUUAUCGGGAAAGAGGGUUAGUUGAGAACAUUUUUUUAGAAAUUUUACAGUCAUGACCUUGAGCUGAAUUGAUUGGAUAUUAUUCAUUUCAUUUCAAAUAAUUCCAUUAUUACAUUUUUUGUGGAAAAUAACUAAGAUGCAUUAUUGUGUUGCUUGAGAUAAAGUACAGAUAGUUAAAGGUUUUGUAUACUAAAGGUGUGGUAGGUGUAAAGAAUUUAUUCUGCCCCCCCCACCCCCUGACUUGAGCCCUUUCAAAUUUGCUUGGUACCCUGCGAUGCCUCAAGUUUUGAGUAAUUUUUCAAAAGGCCUCUUCAUUGUAGGACUCUUUAUGAUCUUGAAUAAUUAAUAAUUAACCACCAUACUUUUAAGUCAGGAUGAAAUUUUUCAGAUUUCUAUGUUUGUAUCUUAGAUUUUCUAGCAAUAUAAAGUUUGAAAAUGAUAUUAAGUAUAAAAUUUGGAUUUGCGGCGAAUUUGAUUGCAAAGAUUGUUCUGGGUAACACUUUUCCAUCCUAACUCGCUUAUCAAAAUUCAAGUCUUGAAUUGAUUUGUGUAUUAUUAUGCCAAACUCCCUAUGGCUGUAAACUAAGAUUUAUUAAAGAGAGAUAUUUUAUGCUUGUUUUAAAAGUAUGUGCUAUUACAAAGCUGUAUUGACGUAUAUUUCAAGUAUUGGCAUAAGCAUUCAAGAAGAAAAAACAGUACUAUCUUCAAUUUGAAAUCUCUUAAGCUUACUUCGACUUCUAACAAUUUCUGAAACUUUGGAUAAUGAGCCAAAUACAUUGCUUUCGAAUAAAUUUGGUGGUAUCAAUUUCACUCGCGGAGUUUUUCAAGAUAAAAAAAACUGCAAUGUAUGAAUAAAUUCCUUCCGCAUUCCCUUUAGGUAAGAAUCUUCUCAAUUUAUUUUAUUACCGUGCACACUGUAAGCAGAGCCAAAAGAAUGCGAUGUUUAGUUUCAUUAUGAACAGCGGUCGUUAUGUUAUGAAAGAUGGGCUGUCUCUUUAUGAAUACUGAUUGCCAACGAUUUAAUUUGGAAUUAUAACUUUAUAUAAUUUAUUUUUGUAUAUGAAUAGAAUACUACAUAAAUUUUAUAUAUGAAUGCAUGAAGACCUUGUCGAAAUGCUGAUGAUAUGUUCGACCUGUGUUCUAAAAUCAUAGUACUUAUUUUUGCAGUUUUCUCUAUUCCUUUAUAGAGCGAUACCUUCAGCAAUUAUCUGUCUAAAACAGCAGCCCAAAAUUGCUUGCUUACUCUGAUUACAUCACUCUUGUUGGUUUCUUAGAAAUCCUUCAGUAAUAAAGCUCGCUAGGCAGAGGAAGAUCAGCACUUUUCUUGACUUUGUUUUUCACUAUAAGACUAACAUUGCACAAAGACAUAACACGGAGAAUGGUCAAAUCAACCAGUCCAACAUGUAUUCGAAUGAUAGAAUAUUUCAUAUGUUUCUGAGAACGAUGACCAACCGCAUAAUAGGUCCUGUAAAUUAAUUGACAAAUUACAUUGCCCAAGACAAUUUCAUUACUGGCUAAAGUCUUCUUCUUCUGGCUAAAGUACUAUGUGUCAAAAUUUAUGUUGCUCUUUGUUUAGCAUUGAUAUCCAAAGUUCUUUUCCCAAGCCCAAAGCUACCCAAAAAAUAGUAGCAUUCAAAAAAAGGCAAGGUAUUUUCUAGGAUGUUUCAUCAUAGUCAAUAGAUUAUUUUAUUGACUAUGAUCUCAAUAUUCCUAUAGAGCGCGUAACUAAGACGAUUCAGCAUCAAAGUCGUACUUCUGUUUUUGGAUUAGCAAAUUUCAUCACUGUCCUCACUUCAGACAAAGGCAUGAUGAUUAAAUUAAAAUUAUGAUCAAUAAAGAUUAUGAACAAUAAAGGAUCCUAGCAGUACUCUUGAGGCAACCCAACAAAAAUUGCUUAUUAAUGCAGGGCACAUCGCCGAUAAAGUGGAUGGGCCAUCCUUUUUUACCGACAAGUUUUGAAAUUUUUCAACCUAGCACCCUUAGAUGCAAAAAAACUUUCGUUUUUGCAAUGCAAUUUUUUCCGAGGGGGGGGGGUGUCACUCCUCACGCCCCCCUAUCGUGAUGGGCCUGCAUUAAUGCAUAGUAAUUCGUAUCUUUGAUAAUAAUGCAAUCAAACAUCUAAUUAAUGACUGCUAUUUUUUUUGAUAAUAAUGAUAAGAGUGCCAUUUGCUGAACUGUCAUGCAGAAGUUCUUUGUUGGCAUUUAUGCGAUGGAUUAAAAGACGUUAUCACAGAGUUGUCGCACUCAUUAAUUAGAUGUUAGAUUGAUUGAUAUUAUCAGUGACUCGUGUAACGGAGCUCCUUUUCGCAGUUUUGUAUAAUCAUUAUACUAGCCUAACUAUUUAUAGCACUCAACAGUCAAAAUGGUUUAAAAACUAUAAUAUGCUGUGUUGCAAAAUUGAAUGGAAUAAUUGUGUUAAAUAAUUAUAAUUGGGAAGGUGUAGUGUAUUUAAUUUGCAAUAUCGUGCAUGUUUGCAUUAAGAGAAUACAAGCAAUGUGUACCGUCUC